AUGGCAUCUAGCACGGGCUUCGUUCUGACUUUGGCCAUCGCUCUGCUCUUCACGAGCACCACCCUGAGCUCAGCAGCCCGUCACUUGCUAGAUACAAGCCCUCCAGCAGCUCCAGCGGUGCCUACUCUGCCCACAGCUCUGCCACCACUGCCAUCGAUGCCGACGCUCCCCAAGCUGGCAGGGGCUCCCCUGCCUUCGAUCCCAACGACCCUGCCUCAACCCACCCUUCCUACCUUGCCGACUGCCCAGCCUCCCCUGCCUUCCAUCCCAACUACCUUGCCACAGCCCACCCUUCCUACCCUGCCCACCGCCCAGCCGACUCUGCCCAAACCCACACCACUUCCACCACUCCCGAACCUGCCGAAUACCAUGCCCACCAUCCCAAAGGUCACUCUUCCGCCACUCCCAACUAUGCCAUCUAUUCCAACCACCAUCCCAUCCAUCCCUUUCCUUUCUCCACCACCCGCAACCACCAGCCCUUGA